GAAGUCUACAAGUAGAAGAGCUCCGUGUUGGUGAACCGAAGUUAUCCUAGGGAAAAAAUCAUUGCAUGGAUUGUAUAAAUUCAUUGAGACUGAAUUAAAGCUGGAAAGGAAUCUACAAGUGAAUAAAACAAGAAGUUUGGAGUUGGAUUUGGGGAAUCUGGGCUUGGAGAUGCCUCAGCCCAGUGUGAGCGGAAUGGACCCUCCUUUUGGGGACGCCUUUCGGAGCCAUGUGUUUUCAGAGCAGACUCUGAUGAGCACAGAUCUCCUGGCAAGCAGUUCAGAUCCGGACUUCAUGUAUGAACUGGACAGAGAAAUGGACUAUCAACAAAGCUCCAGAGACAACUUACUUUCCAUGGAGGACUGCAAAGAUCUUGAGAGCUUGGAGUCUUUUACGGAUAUCCUGGACAAAGAAGCUGCUCUCACCUCCAAGUGGGAGCAGUGGGAUACGUACUGUGAAGACUUAACUAAGUACACUAAGCUAACUAGUUGUGAUAUCUGGGGAACAAAAGAGGUGGAUUAUCUGGGCCUUGAUGACUUUUCAAGCCCAUAUCAAGAUGAAGAAGUGAUCAGCAAAACGCCAACUCUGGCUCAGCUUAACAGUGAGGACUCCCAGCCUGUUUCAGAUUCACUCUAUUACCCCGAUUCACUCUUUAGCGUAAAGCAAAACCCUUUAAAUUCUCUGUUAUCUGGCAAAAAAAUUGCAAGCAGAGCUGCAGCCCCAGUCUGUUCCUCCAAGAACGUUCAGGCUGAGGCCCCUUUGUUGGACUGUGUUCAGAAGGCGAGCAAAGCUGCGAGCCAGCCUGCCUCCAGCACACAAAUCAUGGUGAAGAGCGGCGUCUACAGCAGCGACAAGGUGAACGUUCAUGUGGAAUGUAAGGACUAUGUUAAAAAGGCGAAAGUAAAGAUUAAUCCUUUACCACAGAGCAGACCCGUGCUGAGCCAGACACAUGUGGAUGCAGCAAAGGAAAACACCUGCUAUUGUGGUGCUGUAGUAAAGAGACAAGAAAGAAAAGGAAUAGAGUCCCCACACAGUCACAGUACUCCGAAUGUUUUGCCUUUUAAAGAAACUCAAGAGCUGCUCGUCAGCCCACCCCAAGAAACCGCAGGACUCGCUGUAGGAGAGAGCAGUCUUUCUGCCAGCACGUCAGUGUCAGAUUCUUCACAGAAGAAAGAGGAGCACAACUAUUCUCUUUUUGUCACAGACAGUUUGGGUGAGCAGUCAACCAAGGGAGACCCUGAAGAAGAUGAGGAGGAUGAGGAGGAUAUUGAAGAUGAGGACCACGAUGAGGGAUUUGGUAGUGAGCAUGAGCUGUCUGAAAAUGAUGAUGAGGAAGAAGAUUAUGAAGAUGAUAAAGAUGAUGACAUCAGUGAUACUUUCUCAGAACCAGGAUAUGAAAAUGAUUCUGUGGAGGAUUUAAAAGAAAUGACUGCAAUAUCCUGUCGGAAAAGAGGCAAACGAAGAUACUUUUGGGAGUACAGUGAGCAACUAACACCAUCGCAGCAAGAGAGAAUGCUGAGGCCGUCCGAGUGGGAUCGGGACACGCUACCAAGCAACAUGUAUCAGAAGAACGGUCUCCACCAUGGAAAAUAUGCAGCAAAGAAGUCACGAAGGACUGAUGUAGAAGACCUGACUCCCAACCCCAGAAAACUUCUACAGAUUGGGAAUGAGCUGAGGAAACUGAAUAAGGUGAUCAGUGACCUGACACCAGUCAGUGAACUGCCCUUAACCGCCAGACCAAGGUCAAGAAAAGAAAAGAACAAACUGGCUUCCAGGGCUUGUAGACUAAAGAAGAAAGCCCAGUAUGAAGCUAACAAAGUAAAACUCUGGGGUCUCAACACAGAAUAUGAUAAUUUACUAUUUGUAAUCAACUCUAUUAAACAAGAAAUUGUUAAUCGCGUGCAGUUUCCUAAAGAUGAUAGAGGAGUCAACAUGGAACAAAAAUUGAAUGUGCUUAUUAAAGAUACUCUUGGACUACCUGUAGCUGGACAAACAUCAGAAUUUGUGAACCAAGUUUUAGAGAAGACUGCAGAAGGAGACCCCACUGGUGGCCUUGUAGGGCUACGAAUACCAAUGUCAAAAGUUUAAGACAUCCCUUCGCCCGUCCUCAUCGGUCACAUUUUACCUGUGUUCUCAAAUACUUCAUUGUAAAUUGCAUUCUGGUCUGCACGUCAGCCUAGCAUUACCUAAACACUUACAAUUAGGUUCCAUUGUUUUAAAUAACAAUGUAGUAAAAGAAAUCAAAGCAUGAUUAAAAAAAUGCUUAAUAGCAUUUUUUUGAGCAUAAACCCAAUAGUUUGAAAGCUGCUUUAGGCUUAACUACAGAGAUUAGGAUUCUUUUUAAGUUAUCUAGGACCAGCCUGUAUCACUUUUGUUUUAGAAGCAAAAACAUGUUUUUGCUAGUGAAAAUUGUUAGCAUAUGCCAGACAUUGUAGCAGGUUUAUGCUCCAAGUAAAAUAA